AUGCGUCAGCGAGACGAGCACUGGAAAGCGCGACUGGACGAGGCGCAGCGGCGCGCCGACGGAUUGAAAGCUGCUCUUGCCCAGCGGAAUCGGUCCUUCGAAGAACUCCAGGCGCGGUAUGCAUCGCUGGAACGGCAAUGGCAAGACCAAGCGAAGCUACUCACAGCCCGCACAGCCGAAUCGCAGGCCGCGCAGACGUUCCUCACGAAGGCAGAUACAUUAUCGGUGGCAGAGGUCAGGAGCAUGGUUGGCGAUCUGAACACGGAUAUAUUCCAGACCGCUGCCAAAUUAGCGGAGCUCGUUGAUCUGAGCAUUCGAGCGGGGGGAUUAGGAGCGGAAGCACAGAGCGCGCAGGCUGUCCUGCAGCGAUGGCUGGCGAAGGACCUGUACGACGCUCUGGCUACGACUCAGGACAUAUCAAUCCUGCAAAUUGCGAUCCAAGGCGUCAUAUGCGGUUGCUGCAGGGAGAUAAUCAGCAGGUGGCCAUGCUCGCGCUCACAGAGUAAAGGGGUCAAGGAGGGUCGGGAAUGCCGCGCCAUUUACGACACCAUCAGAGCACAUGAGGUCCAAGCUGUCGCAGGACGUUGGCGCUCCUUGGCUCGAGGACACAUGAGACAGUGGGAUGAAGGCGGUCAGGCGGAAUAUGACCACUAUCUUCCUCUCGUCACGUCGGACGUACUGCAGGUAUACGCGUUGACCGGAUGCGUCAGCCUUGAAGCCCUCAGUUCGACAAAAGGGACGGUAUUUAAGAGCCUCAGCGAGAUAAUCCGAUUCGCGCUUCGCAUACGGAACACACUUGGGGAGGAGAUCACGUCCUGCGAUUUGGAAGUGGUAACAGCUCCUCAAGGCCAGCCGUUCAAUCCCCAGUGCAUGGAUGAGGACGGCGGAGAUGAGUCUGGGCAGCAGGAUUACUCGAGCGAUACCCAGGUCCUCUGUACCACGCAGCUUGGUCUGUCGCGUACAGAAAGCGUCAGUUCGGGUGGCAAAAAGUAUCAACACCGUGGAGAAAUAGUCACAAACUGCAAGGUCGCCCUCUCCUCGUUCUUGCAACCUGCAGAGGUGCCAGCCCGAGCUCUGAGAGAUGAGAGAAGACGUCGGAGAGAGAACAGGGCCCAGCGUUCCGACAAGACAUCCGAGAGUAUGAGUGCGUCUAGCAAGGGACCCAGGAGGACCGAAUAA